CAUAUACGCCCGUAAUUUAGUCUUAGGUUUACCUCUGAGUAAUUUAAAACUAUCAGGAAAAUAUAAAUCACUAUUAAAGCCCUCCUACACGUUACAAAUUUUCAGUCUAGUGCUAACGAACGUGAGGGUUAGAAGCCCUUAUUACAGCUGCGAAAACAAUUCCAUCCGGUAUUAAUAAGUAUGGAAGACCUCAGUUUCAUUUCGGAUCUCCCUACUGGGCCCCUAGAUGUGUACAGGAAUAGCUCUUCAUUCAACUGGAAGCGCCUUAAAUUGGCCCUUGAGGGAGACCUUGAUUUGCUAAAACUUAAGUACAAGAUAUGGCGUAUCUUAGAAAAGGACCCACUUUUCGCGCACAACCCAGUAACGCCACCUGUAGAGGAACAGAAGAGGAUCACACAGUUGCAAUUGAAGAAGAUAAAUGAGUACAAGUUCAUACCUAAGGAAAUGUUCAAUGCUAGUUACAGCAAACGCACUCGGACAAUAAUGACGAUAAAUGAAGCAGUGCAGUCUCUCAACCCGAGCGUCUCUGUCAAGAUGGCGAUUGGUAUCUACCUUUUCUCAAACGCCUUGCUGUCACUUGGCACAGAGCGGCAUUUGAAGUUCUACGAAGCAACCAUAAAGCAUAGAGAGAUCCUGGCCAGUUUCUCCCUUACGGAGAUAGCGCACGGUUCGGACGCACGUCUCAUGCGGACCACUGCGACCUACGACCCCAGCAGGAGGGAGUUUGUGAUACACACGCCGGACUUCGAGGCCGCUAAAUGCUGGGUUGGUAAUCUAGGUAGAACGUGUACCCACACUCUGCUGUUCGCCCAGCUGAUCACACCAGAUGGUACCAACCAUGGCCUGCACGGUUUCGUCGUGCCUAUACGAAAUCCAGACACCCUGGAGACAUACCCCGGCCUCACUGUGGGCGAUAUGGGCGAGAAGAUUGGCGUUAACGGCAUAGAUAACGGGUUCAUUAUGUUCAAUCAAUACAGAAUACCUCGGGAGAACCUCCUCAACAGAACUGCAGAUGUCACAGAAGAUGGGACGUAUGAAAGCUCAUUUUCAGAACCUUCCAGAAUACUUGGGGCUGCCUUAGAAAAUUUGUCUGCAGGUAGAAUUGGUAUUAUGCAGGAGAGCUGUCACUCUCUGGCCAGCGCCGUGACGAUUGCGGUACGCUACGCUGCGACGCGGACGCAGUUCGGCGAGCGGGACAGAGAAACGCCGCUUAUAGAGUACGAGUUACAUCAAUGGCGUCUAUUCGGCUUCGUGUCAGCGGCCAUAGUGUUCCGCCUGUACAUAUCAUCGUUCACGCACACAUACCUCAACAUCGUGGAGAAGUCCAACGCUGGCCACAGAGUUGACAAUUUGAGCGAGGCUGUGUCAGAGAUCCACGCGAUGGUAUCGAGCUGCAAACCGCUUUUGUCGUGGACCACGCUGCGAGCUGCCCAACAGUGCAGAGAGGCUUGCGGAGGACAUGGCUAUCUCAAGUGUGCCAACCUUGGAGACAUCAGAAGCAACCACGAGCCAACUGUGACCUACGAAGGCGACAACAACGUGUUGUCCCAGCAGGCCGGCAACUGGCUCCUGCGCCAAUACGAAGCGGCGCUGGCCGGCAAAGCGGUGGACUCGCCGCUGGGCACCGUGGCCUUCCUGAAGGACUUGAGGACUAUCAAGGACAGGACGUUCAGUUGCACCGGCACCAACGAAUUGAAAAAUCCACAAUUUAUAAUCUCAACAUACAAAUGGUUACUUUGUUGGCUGUUAAAGUACACCCACGAAAAGAACGAAGCGAACUUGUCCCAGGGGCUGAAUAAAGUGCAAGCGAGAUCCAAAGCUCAGGUCUACCGUUGGAAGACAUUAACAAAAGUGUACGCGGAAUACAUUACACUGCUUUUCUGUUUGGAGACCAUAGAAAAGAAAGAGAGGGAACUACAGCCGGUGCUAACGAAGCUCUUCUGUUUGUAUGGUCUGUGGUCGUUGGAUGAGAACUUGGUGGAGCUGUAUCAGGGGGGUUUCGCCAAAGGGGAGGAAUGCGCGAGGCUGGUGCGGGAUUCGGUGCUGGAACUUUGCGGGGAGGUGAAGAACGAAAUCGUCAGUGUGGCGGAUGCGCUCGCGCCGACGGACUUUGUCUUGAACUCUGUGCUGGCGAAGAGUGAUGGAAAGUUGUAUCAGAAUCUCCAAAAGGCGUUCUUCAGUCAACCGGGAGUUUUCGAGAGAACACCUUGGUGGCGUGACGUAGUGCCUGCGUCUAAGUUGUAAGGCAAAUCACACCAAAAAUAUAUAUAUAAUAUUAAAUAUCAAAUGGACACAAACAAAUUUUAACAGUGCCAAUUCUGUUGGAAACAAAGCUGGUUAAAUAGCUAAUACUUAAAUGUCUAUUUAUAGCUAUGUAAACAUGUGUUUAGCUAUUUAUGUAAUUUAUUUUAUCAAUAGUUUUACUGUUGCAGUAUACCGUUUUCCUAUACUUGAUUAUUCCAUUAAGUUCUAGAAGAGAUCGCAUCAAGCGAUAGACCAACU